ACGUUUUUAGCAUACAUAUUUACACAUCUGAAUAUAUUUAUUUUUCUCACAUUGUGCUAUUCCAUUUACAGAACUCCUAUUAUUUUGCACUUUUGAAAAUAUGGUGUCUUGGAGCAGCUUUACACGUCCAUUAUCGACGUUAACACAAUAUGGAAAAAUUUUACAGUCACCAGUGUGCCGAAAUGCUGUCCAGAUGCAGAUACGUAAUGCCGGUCAUGAACAUCAUCACUUUACAAUUCAGCCUUCCCGCUUUCAAUGGAACAAAUUUAAAGACUUGCUACACUUCUAUGUGAUGAUAGGUCUUAUUCCAAUCACAGCAGUUGUUUUAUACAGCAACAUUUUCAUUGGACCAGCCCAAUUGACGGAGAUUACAGAGGGUUAUGAACCAAAACAUUGGGAAUAUCACAAGCACCCGAUUUCUCGCUUCAUCGCUCGUUAUAUAUAUCCUUCUCCACAACAAGAAUACGAGAAAGCUUUGCACCAUAUUUUUGAGGAGAAUGAAAAAGCCAUGAUAAGGCAGCUAGAGAAAGAUGUCCGUGCUAAAAUGGCAGAACGCAAUGACUACAAAGCUUAUUACUACCGACCUGCCAUCGCUAAGUACCACAGAAUUUCGAAAGAGGCUGCAGAUCAUUUAGAAUCACUACGAGGCAAUUAAAUCUUAUCAAGCUUAGCUUUUAUCACAGAAAGCAGACAUUAAGCCAAAUAGUUGAAUAUUGUAGAAAUGAUUUUUGCAACAACGUAAUGAAUAAAAGUUACAGUUGAAAUAAAAAAUUUUGCUGUUCA